AUGGCCCUCAAACACAGCGAUAACGACAUCCAAGACUCGCAGGGUCAUCAUAAUGUGGACGACAACGUCGAACCUCAGGGCCCAACAUCAACACUAGAAAAUAAUACUCCGACGACAACGACAACAACAAUAACUCCGAGUGUCGAGGUCCAGCAGGUGUCCUCUCCAGCCCAAUCUCCCAGGUCUCCAGCGUUGUCUCAGGCUACCGCUCCCUUCAGCACGGCGACGCCUAUAACCAUGGCCACGACACCGUCCUCAUCAGUGGCCGAUCAGACAUGUGCGGCUCCGCUUGGUGCGAACACAGUUCCUGGCGAUCAUGAUGGAAAUCAACAACAACUGGGCCUGGAGAGGGACCCUCCAAUCCGGCUGCUCAGUCCUGCGGGAAUCACGCGGCGCGCCAGCAGCACGAGCAGCAUAAGAACAGACGGCUCCAGCGCUAGCAACACUCCGUUAACCGCAGGAGCUCAGGCCGCCGUCCCCCUCCCAAUCCCGGCACUCGCAGAGCUGGCAGCACGCGGCGCAACCACGGUCAGCUACAUGGUCCAAUCUUACGAGGCGCUGCGAGCAGCCAGGAUUGCCGCCGGAUACGAUAUGGUGCAACAAGUGUCGUCCAAAGCGAGUGGGAGCCAGUUGGGCGUAUCACCAUCGCCGUCGCCGUCGCCGUCGCCUUCGGGAUCCCGGUCGCCGUCCAUUGUGCAAAUCCCCAAUCAACAAGACAAUGACAAUGAUAGCGAUAACACGCGAUCGACAGCAGCGAUAGUACCUGGAGACGAUUACAACAACAAUAGGCAGGAUUCUGGCCACGACGGGGCUGCAGCUAACAACAAGCAAUACGACAUUGACGAUCCCAGUCCCGAUAGCAACGAGCGAGGUAGCCAACUUCGGCCUGUGCCGCAACAACAACAACCCACAGCAGCCGCCGUCACGACAGGGGAUCAUUCCUUUUCACGAUCAAUAAGCGACAACCACCAACACGAACACGACCUUUCUGCCCCCCUGAACAGCUUUUCGCUGCCCCCUCCGCCACCGUCUGAUCCCAGCGCAGUAGUAGGAGCAACUGCCGUCGCCAACACGACCGUUGUCCGCCCAACCCCCGAGAGCCCCAAAGUACAGCGAUCGCGCAGCUCUACAGUAGCGCUACAGCAGACCCCGCCGCCGAGAACAUCCUCGACCGCCAGCAUCCCCCUGAGCCACCCUACCCCGGACACUAGCAAGCGAUCACGAUCAGGCGCCUACGUCGGUAACAUCGCUGCUCUCGAGGCCACCGCCGAACGCUUUUCAUUGACCAGCUCAAUUGAAGAGGCCAUUCGCAACGAACACAACGAGCUCAAGCGCAGCGACAGUCGCCGAUCGGCCAUCCUACAAGCAACCAAGUCACCGACAUCAGACACUGCAUCCUCCCCCAUUCGAUCGCGGGUAUCGUCGAGCAGGACCAACUCCAUUCGCGCAUUGAACUCUGCGGCGCGGCUGGGAGGCUACUCGCCCGGAGGUUAUGUUAUGACGCCCAACCACUCUUUGUCGGGCGGCGCUCAUUCCGGAAGCAAGCCGGGGUCCAUUGGAGAGUCGUCGCCCAAGUCUCCUCCAGCCGAGACUGCUGCAAACGCCCAGAACCCCGACUUCAUCGGAGCCGGUACCGGAGAAGAGUUCCCGUUUGCCCGCCACGGACCAGGAAAGAGUUCGGUCAGGGAUGCCUCAAGGAAACCGGACUCUCUUGCACAGAUCGCCGAGUUGGACCACCCAAUAACGAUUACCCAGGAUGCUAUCGACGAGGCAGACCGUGCUGCGGCCACGGGGGCGGCCCUAGAUGACGAUGAAGCCAUCGCAGCCCGUGCCCAUCAGCAAAUCGAGCCGCAGUAUGCAGAUGAGAUGGACGACGUGGACCUCAAUGGACCAGACGAACCAGUGCGACAGCCAAUACUCGACAAUACUUUCUUCGACCAGCCCGGUCCCCGGUUGCAACUUCACCAACCCGUCGACUACCCGCCCUACGAGGACCAUGAUGCUCAUCAGCAAUAUCACGGCAGGCCACUGACGGCCGCAUCUCGCACCACCUUGCAACAAGCCAACGAUGCAUUUGGUGAUUUUGAUGGCGUCCACUGUGAUCCAGAUGUAGAUCAUUUCGCUGGGCUCCCACAGCCUGCUGAACGCGCUCCUGAGCCAAGGAGGCGUCGCGAGACACUGCAACCACGACCAAAGUCUUACUUUGACCCUUCGACAGGUCAGGAGAUGCUUUACUACCCUGCGCCAGUUCCCGCCAUGCUCAACCUCCCGCCCAAACUCUCCAAAAACACCAACAAGGCUGGUGGUGCCCGGAACAUGCGUCGGUCUCAGGUUCUCAGCGUUAUGCAGCAGCAGUCAUCCGUUUAUGGUGGAAGCCGAGACAACCUGCCAAUGAUGUCGGGCGGUGCGGGCGAGGCGCCACCUCAGCUUCCGCAAAUUGAUGGCUUGCCGUAUGCGGACGGACCGGCUGAGACAGCAGGCGCAUUCCCGGCGCAGUCAGGGCGGGAAAUUCGCCGACCACAACGGUUGACCGAGACGGACAGGCGCAAGUCGCAAGCCACAAUGCUCAACGGUCUGCCACCGCAGCUCCGGGCCAGUGCCUUUUUCGACCUGCCGACGUCUACUACGCCUCAUAUACAGCUGAAGGAUGGGUCUGCCACGGCAACCUUGGAGACCAUUCUGGAUGCCUCGGCUACAGCGCCCGUCAGCGCCUUUACUGAUCACGCCUAUGGUGGAAAGCUCGGCCCCGAGGUGUAUGGCACAGACAAGAAGAAGAUCCAGAAGUCGGUCACCUCUGCGGAUAUCCCCACAGCUCCCGCCAAGAAGACUCGCAAGAAGCUGAUCAAGAGGAACUCGAGCAGUGGCCUGCUCGAUGUCAAGGCCAACAAGGAUAGUGAUGAGGAUGAGGGAUGGACGAGCGUCGGUCUUGAUGCUGAUGAGCCUGGAUCAAGCCGUCGGCGAUCACCCGAGAUGGGCCAGGAGGGGGGAGAGGAAGAGGAGGAACUCGUCGAUGGAGAGCCUGUGUUUAACGGCCCACCAACGACACUCUUGGCCGAGUUACAGAUGCGCAAGCAAAAGGACAAGAUGUUGAGGCGUCCCGCAGCAGCGGGCAACCCCUACGGUAUGCACGCCACUUUGCUCGAGCUCGAUGCCGUUGCUCAGGUGCAACGCAAGCAACGGAUUACCAAGCGCGUGAACCUUGCCUGGGAAGAUCCCGCCCAGAACCCAACACCGGAGUCUGACGAUGAAGACGUCCCUCUUGGCAUGCUGUACGCGGCCAAGGCUGCGGGCGUCAAGGAUCCUCACACUGCCGACAUUGCCGUCCUCAUGAGCGAGGUCAACCGCCCCCUGGGCUUGAUGGAGCGUCGUGAACUGGAAGAGAACGAGCCGCUCAGCCAGCGCCGACACAGGCUGAAGGGCAGCGAAAGCCUACCAUCCAUGUCUCUGGACCAGAUGCAGAGGCGCAUGUCCCACAUGACGCUCACUCCCUCCGGAGGUCCCAAUGCCCUCGGUAACCGCUCACAGUCGAAACUGACCCUGCCUUUGCCGCGCGGUUUGGCAGGCGGUUCCAACCCAGCCCUCAUGGCAGGAGGUCUCGACGCAGAAGGCAGCGACGCCGAAGGCGAAGGUGAGACCCUCGCGGCCCGCAAGGCCCGUCUAACAGCCGAGAACCCUCUCCCGCGCGCUCGUCCUGUCAGCGCCGGCUUCUCUUCCGAACUCCUCAGCGAGUUCGGCGUUACCCCCAACGAGGAGGAGAAGCGUCCGACAUCCAAGGACUCCAAGGGCAAAGCACCCGCCUCUGGCGUUCCAGAAGAAGAAGAAACCCUUGGCCAGCGCAGAAAGAGGCUACAAGCCGAGCGCGAGGCUCGCGAGCGGGAAAUGGCCGCCGGCGCUCUCCCCGGUAAUGCUACCCAAAUCGCCACUAACCCCAACAUGCUCGCGGCUCCUCCUCAACCGCGUGACCGCCGUGACUCCGCCACCUUGAUCCCCUUUGAUCCCAACAACGUCAACCCUGGCCCUCCUUCCAGGCGCGUAUCUCUCUCCGACGUUCUCAACGCCCACCCCGUCGACAGCACCGGCCUCGGCAACCCCCACAUCAGUCCCCUCGAACAAGAACGUCUCCGUCGCGAAGCCGAAGGCCUUCGCCAGCAGCGCGCGCAGGAAGCCAAGAUGGCUGCCAUCCGCGCGCAGAUGCCCCAGACACUUGCUGCACCCGCAAUCGGCGCUAGGACAGGCGGAUUCAUGGGCGGCAUCUAUAACGGUGGUGGCGCCGGUGCGAACCGGAGCAAUCCGGCCCUCGGCCAAGGGCUGGGAAUCGGAUUUGAUCCGAAUGCCAAUGCGAUCCAGCCGAGAGGUCUGUUAGCGCAGCAGCACGAGAUGGAGAAGCCGAUGGCUAGGAGGGCGAGUACCAUGACUGUGGGUGGUGGUGCCGCUGGUGCGCAGUAUGGAAUGGGCAUGGGCAUGCCGAUGAUGGGCGCUGUCUCCAACUACGGUGCGUAUGGCGCGCCGAUGCAGUUCCAGACGGGACCGGGACAGAUGAUGAGACCUCAAAUGGGAAUGAUGUAUCCGCACCAACAGCAGCAGCAGCAGCUCCCGCAGCAGCCAGGGGGCGUGGAUAUGGUUGAGAGGUGGAGACAGAGUGUUAUGCCUUAAGGGGGUUGAUUUUUCUUUUCUUUUCUUUUCAUGAUCUUGAAUACCUUUUUUCAGGAUUUGUGAUCAUCUUUCUGGAUAACACUUUACAUCACAUUACAUUACAUACAUACAUAACAUCGCAUCG